CUCCUCCCGGCCCCGCCGCGCUCCGGGCCCCGCCGCGCGCAUGCUCCGCCGAGUGACGCCGCGACUCCAUGUGUGAGAAGCGCAUUAUUUGGCACGGGGGAGCCGCGGCCGACAGCCCGCACCGGGGAGAGCCCGCGGCGACGCGGGGGAAGAGGAGGAAAGGGCGGCGCGGAGCGGAGCGGGGGAGCGGCGGCGGGACGCGGCGGGACGCGGCGCGGCUGACCUGCACUGCGGUCCCUUUCAGCCACUUGGUGCAGACAGGACCCCCCCGUGGGACCCAUGAACCUCACUGACAGAGCCUCACAAUGACAGAGGAAGCAUGCAGGACACGAAGUCAGAAACGAGCCUUAGAACGUGAGGUACCGCAUAACGAUGUGGACAGCAAGAAACUAAAAAUGGAGAAAGGACUGUUAGGAACUGAAAUAAGUGCUGAAGGAGACAUGAAAAUAAAAACGGAUCCCGGAGCUGGAAAAGUGCAAGGACUGUUAAAAAGCGGAGAGGUGAAAGCAACCAUCAAAGUGGAGGUUCAGACGGGAGACGAGCCCGUGGACAUGAGUACUUCCAAAAGUGAAAUAAAGAGAGAGAAGCGAGUCCCCUCCCCGGACGUCAUAGUGCUGUCAGACAACGAGCCUUCUAGCCCUAGAAUGAAUGGUUUAACAAAGAUAGCAUUAAAAGAGACCAACACGGAGGCGCUCAUGAAAAGCAGUCCUGAGGAGCGUGAGAGAAUGAUCAAGCAGCUGAAAGAAGAGCUACGGUUAGAGGAAGCAAAGCUUGUCCUGUUGAAAAAGUUACGGCAGAGUCAAAUCCAGAAGGAGACCACUACUCAGAAGCCUGCCUGUUCCUCUGGGAGUGCUGUGGCCACCCCUCCGCCCUUGGUGCGGGGCACGCAGAGUGUUCCUGCUGGCAAGCCGUCCCUGCAGACCUCUUCUACACGUAUACCAGGCACUGUUAUUCCUCCUCCGUUGGUUCGUGGUGGGCAGCAGACCUCUGCAAAAUUAGGAACCCAGCAAAACACGCAGAUAGUAAUGCCACCUCUUGUCAGAGGAGCACAGCAAAUCCACAACAUCCGACAGCACUCCAGCACGGGGCCGCCUCCGCUGCUGCUGGCACCGCGGGCCUCGGUCCCCAGCGUGCAAAUUCAGGGGCAGAGAAUUAUCCAGCAGGGUCUGAUCCGUGUGGCCAACGUCCCCAAUACCAGCCUGAUCGUCAACAUCCCGCAGGCCUCUCCAACUUCAAUCAAAGGUACAACAGUGACAUCAGCUCAGGCCAAUGCCACCUCCACCAGCGCCGCUUCCAUCGUCAACUCCAACGAGUCGCCCGCCAGCCGGCAGGCUGCAGCCAAGCUGGCGCUGCGGAAGCAGCUGGAGAAGACACUGCUGGAGAUCCCUCCUCCAAAGCCACCUGCUCCAGAGAUGAACUUCCUGCCCAGCGCGGCUAAUAACGAAUUUAUUUACCUAGUUGGAUUGGAGGAAGUUGUGCAGAAUUUGCUGGAAACUCAAGGUAAAGUUUCCAUCCCUGUUUCAUCCCGUGAGCCCUACAUGUGUGCUCAGUGUAAGACUGACUUCACCUGCCGCUGGAGGGAGGAGAAGAACGGAACCAUCAUGUGUGAAACCUGUAUGACAUCCAAUCAGAAAAAGGCCUUGAAAGCAGAGCACACCAACAGGCUGAAGGCUGCCUUCGUCAAAGCUCUGCAGCAGGAGCAGGAGAUUGAGCAGAGGAUACUGCAACAGACUGCAUCUCCUGUACAGAGCAAGUCAGACCCCAUCGUGCAGCACCACUCGCUCAAGCAGACUUCUAGCCAGAUGUCUCGAGGCUCUGGAGCCCCACGGGGGGUGUUGCAUGCAUUUAGCCAGUCACCCAAGUUGCAGAAUGCCUCGUCUGCAGCAGCACUUGGGAGUAGGCCAGGUAAGCAUGCUGAGAGACCUGUCAGCAAGGGCAGUGCUGCCGCCUGGAAGAAGACUCCCAUCAACACAGGUGGGGCUCUGCCCUUUGUUAGCCCCAGUCUAGCUGUGCACAAGUCCUCCUCGGCAGUAGACCGCCAGCGUGAGUAUCUGCUGGAUAUGAUCCCCCCGCGGUCCAUCCCACAGUCUGCCACGUGGAAAUAAUGCAGAGGAACGCCCGAGAGGAAGACUUUCCUGUUUCUGCCAUCCUUUUUAUACCACACGACAGUGGAAUCUGCUUUAAUCCCAGCUGGAUACGCCCCAGGCUUUAUAGGAUGCGAGAAGACCACUCCUCAUGCCAUCGAGUGCUGCUGUCCCUGCUAUGAGAAACGACGCCGCGUGGGUGGGAAAGACUCGAGCUCCUUUGGUUAUCAGAUCCUUGUGACUGACUGAUAAUGAAGGCUGUCAGGGAAGGGGAAGAAUUCUUAUUUUUUGGGCUUUAUACAUUUUAGUUUGGAUUUUCUUUGUCACCAGCACAAGAGGAGGACUGAGUGACUCUGCCUUCGGUUUCUUGGUUCACCACGGAGCGUGGAUGGUGGCCUGGGGAGAGCAGCUCCCACCUGUCCUGCAGACACAUUUAGUGAGCCGAGGUCAUGUUUGCUUUACUUCCCUGCCCCUCCUCAGCCAGGAAGGCAGCCUGCAGAUGAUAAUGUCUCAAAAAUCCGCUGAUGAUGAGCUAAUGAUAAAUAAGCAAACUGAAAUUCCACUCGAGUCUGUUGUUUUCUAAGGGACUGGUGCCACCGCAACCCGUCCGGUGGGUGGGACCCCGUGCAGGAGCCUCUCACUUCUGUUGGAUUCUGUUUGGAAUAGACUUUGAACUGCUGGUAGUCUAAAAAUCUAAUUUACUGCAUAGACAAAACACCUUUUGUUCGAUCUUUCUAAUUCAGCCGAGAGCAGUUGGGCCUUUCUUACGUUCCCAGAGGACUUGAACGAGUGAAACUGUUUGGGAUUAUUAUUAUUUCCUUUUUUUUUUUUUUUUUCCUUUUUUUCCUUUUUUUUUGGAGGUUUUUUUGUUGUUUUGAGCGAUUUUACUCCAAAUCCAGGAGCUGCAGGAGCUGCAGACGCAGUCAGAAGGGCGAGCAGAAGGAUGGGGGCCGUGGCUGUGCUGAACGCUGCGCCCGCUGCUCCCCCCCCAGCCGCUCCCCGGCCGCUGCAGUAUUGCGUUUUGAUAGAGCUUUAGGUGACCCUGCUUUAAGGACAGGUUUCUACGUGGUUUUAAUAUAUUUCGGGGAUUUCCACAGGUUUUCAGCCCAGCUCCCUCAGGUCCGGUUUGUCUCCUCGUCAUCUUCUCUCCUUCUUCCCCGCGCUUCUCCCAAAUUCACGUCCAGUUCGAGUGGCAGAAAGACUUUGCCUUACUACUUACGUUGCAUAUCAGUGCUGGAAGUAGUGCUGAUGAGAAUUAUUUGCAGAAUUAUAUAUAUAUCUAUAUAUCUAUAUAUGAAAGAAAAAAGGGGGAGGGGGCGCGACUCAGCCCCUGUGCUGGGUCUUAUUUUCUUAGCAGCUGCUGUUGGAUCUCAGUCUGAAGCAGCCUCUGCGCAGGGCCGUCCCCAGGUCGAGCCGUGGCAUAGUGGGAAAGAGGACUCGUCCAUUUGAGCCCCUGUUCUGUUGUGUGAAUAUCAAUAUUUAGAUACUUUGGAAACUGUUGGGUAGCCUAGAGAGCCUAGUUUUGCAAAACGGUCUUUGUUGCUGUAUAAAGCCCUAGGAUUUCAAUUUGACUUUGUUUUGUUUUUUUCCUCUGUUUGUUUUACAAAUGUAAAUCAAGAGCGAACUGGGCACGAGAGGAAUUCAUUGUGUUGGGUUCAUUUUUCUUUUCAUUCCGGGGUAUUUUGGAUCGGGAGAUGUGGAGAGAGAGAGAGAGAGAGAGAAAUGGAGUGCAUUUUAUUUUUGCACUUUGAAAUAUUACAGAAUUGUUUCAGUUCUUUACACGUGUGGAGUUUUCUUGUAUUUUAUUUUAUUUUUCUCUCUUCUGACCAAUGCCUGCAUUACCACCAGAACAGAGCUGAAACCUGGCCUGGGGAGGGAGACCUUGUUCGUCCAGAAGGAAAAAAAGCAAAACUUCUCUCCAUUUGAAAUGCAGAUGCGUCGGGGGGGGAGGAGCGACGUCUGCUUUGUGUGUCACAGCUGGGAAAGAGGGAGUGGAAAGAGGGGCAGAAGUAUGAAAAGCACCCGGGUGAAAAGCGAUGUCAGCGCCUGUUUGGGCACAGCAGCUCCUCCUGUUCCAGCGCGGCCCGCAGGGGAGACCUGGCACUGAGCUCAGUGCGAUGGGAGACAGCUCAGAACCGAGAGCACAAAGCGCGGAGCAUCUUGCAAACGCUGCUCCCUCGCGAUGCUGGACCACAGCGAGCUUUGAUUCGAUAAACCGAGGGGCCCCGCGAGCGCUGUGCGUUGGGGCAGCGUUGCUCCAGGAGGGUUUUAACCCACAGAUCCAGCCCAGCCAUCGCUGCUGGCAUCCAGAGCCGGUCUGACAUCGUUUUUUAUCUGUGGUUCUUGGAGCGCUGCAGGUAACUUCCAUAUUUAUUGCAUGUGUCGCUGCAAAGCCCUGCCCGGCUGCUGCGGCAGAACGCGAGCGCUGAGCCUCGCUGCACGGCCGGGGCUGCGUUGUUCUGCUCAGCGCCGCGCUGCGCGGGCAUCUCCUGCUCCCCUGCCAGAGCAAAGAGGAGAAAAAGGCAAAAGCAGAACAGCUCGGUGGGCUGGAAUUGGGACGGAAUUGGGGCGGAAUUGGGACGGAAUUGGGACGGAAUUGUCCCAGAGCGGCGCUGCGCCUCGAGGUGACGCCGCUGGGGGCGGCGGCGGAGGAGCCGUGCGGAACAAACCUCCGCUCCGCGCUGCCGCUGCUGGGCUGCCGGCACCGAAGGGCCCCCGCUGCACUGCGGGCAGAGCUCCGAACAAAGGCCGGCCGCCGCUUCGCUGCACGGCGCUGCAUGAGCCGGGGACGGUGCUGCAGGCUUCCACCUCUCCUGGGGAGAGGCUGAGAGCAGCGUUGGUUCUCGCAAGCCAUAUAACCUUUCUCGGAGACGUUGCAACUACGAGAUUUUAUAAUACAGUAAUAAACGCCGAUGACUUAUUGUACUUAGAUUUUAGCGACUUGUGAAAUAAACCCCUGAUUUUCAUUUGAAACCAGUGUUGCGAUUCUGGGAGCCGUGUGGUUUGUUAAUUAUUUGGUUUUUUUGGGCGGGAGGGGGGGGUUGUUAUAAUUACGGCUUAAUUUAUUGCCCAGGCGGCGCUCAGGGCAGCCCGGUGACGGCGUGGCCCUGGGGCUGCGCUCCUCGUUGUGCCACGCACGGCGUCCCUGCCGGGCUGCUGAGGAAGAUGCUGGCUUAACGCUGCCCUCCCAGUAGCUCAGUGCCGCGGGUUUCUUUGCUUCUUUUCCCGUUUUUCUGAUCGUUUUAGGAGCCUUUGCCUCCGAAUCGUCAGACCUCGCCGUCCCUGUUUUAUUUUUGCUUACUAAGGAGGGGAAAAAAAAAUGGCCAAAGGGCAGCAAAGGAUUGGGAAGAGGGGAUGUGGGCUGCAGGAGGGAUCAGAGCCACUGCGUUCAGAGCCUUUAUCACCUCCUUUCCGAAGGAGAGGGAGCAGAAGGCGACUUUUUUAAUGAUAAAGAUAUAAAUAUAUAUAUAUAUGAUGCAAAAAAGAACCUCAAGGAACCGCAGGAGUGUUUGUCUGCUUAAGGCAGUUACGCUGUGUGUCGCCUUUCAGCGGAACGAUUUGCAUUGUGCUUUUUUUUUUUUAAUGAGAAGGAUUUAUAAUCAUUAACAAAGUGUAACAGUGAGGUUACAGCAGCGCAGGGUUUGGUUUUGUCACUCGUGUUUAUUGUGACUCUAAAUCUUUUGAUGAAAAAAAAAAAAAAAAGAUAUA